AAAGAUAUGAAAAACCACACAACAGUGACUGAAUUUAUUCUCCUGGGAUUUCGGGAUCACCCAGAACUACAGUGCCUUCUUUUUGUGGCUUUCCUAAUUGUCUAUAUGAUCACUGUUGUUGGAAAUCUUGGCAUGAUCCUUUUAAUCAGAAUCGACUCACAUCUCCACACUCCAAUGUACUUUUUCCUCAGUAACUUGUCUCUUGUUGACUUCUGUUAUUCUUCUGUUAUUGCCCCUAAUAUGCUAGUAAAUUUCUGGAUGGAGAACCCAGUUAUUUCAUUUAAUGAAUGUGCCACUCAAUUCUUCUUUUUUGGUUCCUUUGCCGGCACUGAGGGCUUUCUGUUGGCUGUGAUGGCCUAUGAUCGUUAUGUGGCCAUCUGCAAGCCUCUCCUUUACACAGUCAUGAUGUCCCCCCAUCUCAAUGUCCUCCUGGUGCUGGCCACAUAUUUGGCAGGCUUUAUAAAUGCUGCCAUUCACACUGGCCUCACCUUUCGCCUAUCUUUCUGCUACUCAAACAUCAUCAAUCACUUUUUUUGUGACACUCCAUCCCUCCUGAAACUCUCCUGUUCUGACACUCAUGUCAAUGAGAUUGUCAUUUUUAUUUUUGCCAGUUUUAAUGAACUGAGCUGUCUCCUGACGAUUCUUAUUUCCUAUGUCUACAUCCUUGCUGCCAUCUUGAAAAUCCAUUCUUCAGAAGGGAGGCACAAAGCCUUUUCCACCUGUGCUUCCCACUUGAUGUUGGUUACCAUCUUCUUUGGGACAAUCCUGUUCAUGUAUCUGCGCCCUAGCUCCAGCUACUCAAUGGACCAAGACAAAGUGGUAUCUGUGUUUUACACAGUGGUGAUCCCAAUGUUAAAUCCUCUCAUCUAUAGUCUAAGAAACAAGGAGGUCAAAUCUUCCCUGGGUAAAACAUUAGGUGCACAAAUACUUAAUAUUUUAUUGAAAGUGAUUCAUUUGAGAUUGCUUUUCACAUAG